AUGGUACUGUCGGCACUGUCGAGGCUGGUGGGCGACGGGCACAAUAGACGUCUAAAGUCGCUGUGGACUGGCGAGAAGCCGUCGCUCCAGCAGCGUAGGGUGCAAAUCCCACCUUUAGAAGCCGAACAGGCCAAGGGCUUCUAUCCUGAAGACUUGGAGACUAUACGGGCGCGGGAGUUUCCCUUGUUGAAAGAUACAACAUAUCUUGACCAUGGAGGCGCAACACUAUAUGCCAGAAGCCUCAUCGAAGCUUUCUCGCAGGAGAUGACGUCGCACAUCUUCGGGAAUCCGCAUUCAGCCUCCGUUUCCUCACAACUGUCCACGCAGAGGGUAGAUGAUGCGCGGCUGCGGUUGCUGCGAUUCUUCAACGCGAGCCCAGACGAGUUCGAUCUUGUCUUCGUCGCCAAUGCGACAGGCGCAAUCAAGCUUGUUACGGAGGCAAUGAGGGACUAUGAUGAGGAGGGGUUCUGGUACGGGUACCAUAUCGAUUCGCAUACAAGUUUGGUUGGGCCUCGCAAUACUGCAGCUCAAGGAAGUAGGUGUUUUCUCGACCAUCGUGAGGUGGAAGAGUGGAUUGAUGGCUUGGAUGCUACAUCUGAUGGCCGGGACCGCCGCUCAUUCCCAAGGCUGUUUGCAUAUCCCGCCCAGUCGAACAUGACUGGAAGCCGCCUGGGCCUCGAUUGGUGCAAGGCCAUCCGGACGAAGACAAACCCCAAGGGAAAUGUCUACACUUUGUAUGAUGCCGCCGCCUACGUGCUCAGUUCGCCGCUUGAUUUGAGUGACCCAGAGUCUGCCCCCGAUUUCACGGCGCUGAGUCUUUACAAGAUCUUCGGAUACCCGGACCUUGGUGUGCUUAUUGUUCGCAAGAGUGCGAGCCAUAUCUUUGAACGGAGAAAAUAUUUCGGCGGGGGCACAGUGGGAAUGGUCGUUAGCAUUGGGAAUGAAUGGCAUGCUAAAAGCGACCAUACCAUCCACAAUGGCCUCGAAGAUGGAACACUGCCUUUCCACAAUAUUGUGGCCGUGCAUAGUGCUCUUGACAUUCACUAUCGGCUCUACGGUUCAAUGCAAAAUGUUUCCCGUCAUACCGCUUCUCUCAUCAAGGAUGUCUCCAGCCGCCUUGACGCUAUGAGACAUUUCAAUGGUACAAAGGUUUGCGAAUUAUACAAAUCCCCAAGGUCUGUGUACGGAGAUCCAGCAACGCAGGGGCCAGUGAUUGCCUUUAAUUUGAAAGAUAGUCGUGGGUCAUGGAUAGGAAAGUCAGAUGUUGAGAAACUCGCCACCGUCAAAAACAUCCACAUCCGCUCUGGAGGCCUUUGUAACCCUGGUGGAAUAGCGUCCUUUCUUCAUCUCACGUCUGACGAUAUGAAAAGGAACUAUGCCGCGGGUGUGCGUUGCGGUGAUGAGAAUGACAUUAUGGAUGGGAAGCCUUCCGGAGUAUUGCGAGUCAGCGUCGGCGCGAUGACCAAUAUCCGCGAUAUUGACAACUUUGUCAACUUCAUUUCAGAUUUCUAUGUCGAGAAAGUCAAUCCUGGGCCUGAACUGCCUGCGCCGGUACCACCACCAAAAUCGAGAUUUUAUGUUGAGAGGCUUUGCGUGUAUCCGAUCAAAAGCUGUGGAGCGUUUGUGGUUCCCAAACGCGAGCAAUGGGAAAUCAGGCCGGAAGGUCUAGCUUGGGAUAGGGAGUGGUGUCUUGUACACCUGGGGACAAAUAUUGCCCUUAGCCAGAAGAAGUAUCCUCGAAUGGCUCUCAUUAACCCGGUUAUUGACCUCGAGGCAGGUCUGCUACGAAUCACUUGUGGAGCAGCUGGAUCUAAGGAUUGGAGUUCCUUACAAAUUCCCUUGUUUCCUGACGACACUGAAGGCCAAACCGUUCUUCAGAUGCACCAGAAAGCAAAAUCGGCAACAGUUUGCCAGGACGUUGUUGCCGUACAGAUAUAUUCCGCUUCGAAUGUCACAGAUUUCUUUUCAGCUUUUCUCGGCGUGCCCUGCACCCUUGCCAGAUUUCCACCUCAGUCGUCAGAGCGCUGUUACAAGCUUCGCUCGCCCUCAUCCAAACAGAAUGGACGAUCGAAUAUUCUACCCAGGGCCCUUUCCAGAUUUAAAUCACCACCCUAUCAGCCCCCGAUCCUCCUUUCAAACGAAAGUCCUAUGCUCCUUGUCUCUAGAUCAAGCGUCAACAAACUCAACGAAAUGAUAAAGCAGCGUAGGAGCAACGCCAGGACGGUGCCCUGUGACGUCUUUCGUGCCAACAUAAUCGUGGCCGAAGACCUGUACCCCUACCAGAUGAACAGCCGUACUCACAAUACGCAAUUGUCGACAGAACAUCCGUACAUCGAGGAUUCCUGGUCCGGUUUCCGGGUCGGAGGCCAAAAGUUUGAUGUCCUUUCGUCGUGCCAGCGGUGCCAGAUGGUUUGCAUCGAUCAGGAUACGGGUGUUCGAAAUGAAGAGCCAUAUUCUACGCUUGCAAAGACCAGGAAGUUCAAUGGGAAGGUAUAUUUUGGACGACAUGUUUCUCUGGCCAGUGAUUCUAUGCGAGGAGGUGGAUCUUUCCCGACCGUUAAGGUUGGGGACGCGGUUUUGCCAUUUUAUGAGGACACUUGA